UGAAACCUUUAUUAGUUGUCAUAUCUGCUGGUGUCACUUUGCUGGAUGCAGGAGAGAUGACGAGUGUCACAUCCUGCUGUUAUAUAAUGUAGAACUCAUCAAGCCAUCCAUAACCGCUGUGUCGACGUUACGGCUACACUCGAACAGAAACAAUCGCGAUGCUUCGUGUCUUCAUUGUGAUGGUGAUUGCCAUGGGCAUGUCAUCAGUUCUGAUCGCACCAACAAGCGACAUGAACCCCAUUUGCAAGACGACGACGGAGACGCUGAUCGCCCACCCCACUAAUUGUGCCCAGUACUACAACUGCAGCACUCCCGUCAGGAUAAUCGACAGCUACCUUAGAGAAAAGAACCUACGGGAAUGUCCCUACCCACAACUGUACAACUCUGACACACAGAGAUGUGAGCACUAUAGCAUGGUCCAAUGUGGCAACAAAUUUGAGCCCCUUGGUAUAUGCGAGUAUAAGAACAUAUGUUUUGGCGGAAGAUACUGUGGGGCACCUUGUCAUGUCUACAACCCUUCCUGUAGGAACCUCUCCGACGGCCUCAACGUCUACGAAUAUCGAAUCAAAUCCUCUUACUUCGUUGUGUGUGUCAAACAGAGACUGGUCUACAGUGGCCAGUGCCCCGAUCUCGGAACGGGGAGACCACGCUUUGACCCAAACUUACGUGCCUGUAGUUGUUCGUAAAAACUCAAUGGUUUUACAAAUCCAAAAGGACAAUAAAGAACUUUAUCAACAA